AUGAAAAAAUUGUCGAUAAUAUUUUGCACUCUUCUCGCUAGUUGGCUUUUAUUAUUUGAUCAACAAAUAAUAUUACAGACAUCAAGUGCAAGCAUAGAUGAUUAUACAUUAACAUCAGAACAGAUGGCUGUAGUUAAAAAUAGAAAUGUUAUUUCUAGCGAGAAUAUUGCUAAUACUGAUGAUGAUCAUAUGAGUAAUUCAGUUAUUGGACAUGAAUAUUCUGAUGAUUUAGAAGAUAUGGAAGACAUAUAUGAAUCCGAAUCAUCUUCAGAUGAUAUUAUUGAAUUAAAUGUUGGUGGUCAAAAAAUGGUAACAUAUCGUUCAACUCUCACUGCUGUACCUAAUUCAAGUCUAGCUCUUCUAUUUACCAAAGAUCUUAAAGAUAAAACUAAAUUAAAAAGGAAGCAUAAAAAAAUAAAAUUUUUCGAUUACAAUCCUAUUCAAUUUGCAUAUUUACUUGAUCAACUACGAUCAAUGAAACGUGUGCCUAAAAUAUCAGCGUAUGAACUCAAUAUUGUAGCACCUCCUGCGGAUGUUAGAUUUAAUUUUUCUACUAUGCUCUUUGAACUUGGACUGAAUCCUGAUCGUUUCUUAUCACCACUUAUUGGCGUUCAUCUCAAUUUAUCAACAGAUUCUCUUGUCGGAUGGAAAGAAUGUUUUCAUGGUGCAUAUAAUAUCCGAUUCGAUGAUCAAAUAUUGACGAAUACAUGCAAAGGCAAUCGACUUCUUGUUGCCUGUCGCUCUACUACUGAUGAAAAAACAUUAGUUGUAGCCGGUGUAGGUAAACGAGAAGAUUUACUUCAUCCAUGUUCAUCAAAUACGUAUUGUGCAGCUGAAAUGAAAAAUAGCAUCGGUUUCUACUAUGCAAAAAAUCAAGCUUGGGGUUUCGAAGGACGUGCAAAAGACUUUGUUGCAAACUACUAUGGAAAAGGCCGUGGUCGCUUCUCUGGAAUACCAUUCGGAUCAUUCGCUUUAAAUCCUUGUGAUUCAAGUGAUCAAAAUUCUGAAUAUCGAUUAUGUUGGUCACUUGCCGCGAAUAUAGGUCGUGGCGGAGGUGAUAGAUGUGGAAGUUCAACAAAUCUUCAUAAUACCGACGGUUGGGAACGUCUUAUUUAUCAAAUCGCUUAA